CAAAUUCCGGAAGCCGAGGGAGUCUUGGCCUCCGUGUGGUUCCCUGGACGUACUCAGAUUCUGUGACUGUUCCAAGUCGACUGUGAAGUUUUCAUCAGGAAACACCCGUUCGUUUCAUUUCCUCAAACUCUAGGGAGCGCCUUAGUCGUCCAGUCGCUAAGAGAUGGGCAACCGGAAACGGAAGUCACUUCCCGGAUAUUUCCGGAAGAGGCUGUCAUGGCUGCCCAGGAGGACGUAGCGGCCUUACUGGAUGAAAUUGCUCGGCGUGAGGAAGAGCUGGCUUCGCUGAAGCGGAGGUUGACUGCAGCCCUGGCGUCUGAGUCGGAGCCCGAGCGUCCGGUCCCGUUGUCGCCGCUGCUCCCCAAGGCCGCCCUGUCGCGGGAUGAGAUCCUCCGCUACAGCCGUCAGCUGCUGCUGCCGGAGCUGGGCGUGCGCGGUCAGCUGCGACUGGCGGGCGCUUCGGUGCUGGUGGUGGGCUGCGGCGGGCUGGGCUGCCCGCUGGCUCAGUACCUGGCGGCGGCCGGCGUGGGCCGUCUGGGCCUGGUGGACCACGACGUGGUGGAGACGAGCAAUCUAGCCCGGCAGGUGUUGCACGACGAGGUGCUGGCGGGCCAUGCCAAGGCUUGGUCGGCGGCCGCCGCGCUGCGCCGCCUCAACUCGGCGGUGGAGUAUGUGCCGUACGCGCGCGCGCUCAGCGAGGCUUGGGCGCUCGACCUGGUCCGCGGCUACGACGUGGUGGCCGACUGCUCCGACAACGUGCCCACGCGCUACCUGGUGAACGACGCGUGCGUGCUGGCAGGCCGGCCGCUGGUGUCGGCCAGUGCGCUGCGCUUCGAGGGCCAGAUGACCGUCUACCACUACGACGGCGGGCCCUGCUACCGCUGCGUGUUCCCGCGGCCUCCCCCGGCGGAGACGGUGACCAACUGCUCCGACGGCGGCGUGCUCGGAGUGGUGCCCGGCGUGCUGGGCUGCGUGCAGGCGCUGGAGGUGCUCAAGAUCGCCGCGGGGCUCGGGACGUCCUACAGCGGCAGCAUGCUGCUCUUCGACGGCCUCGGGGGCCAUUUCCGCAGGAUCCGGCUGCGGCGCCGCCGGCCCGACUGUGUCGUAUGCGGUCAGCAGCCCACCGUGACCCGCCUGCAGGACUACGAGGCCUUCUGUGGCUCCUCGGCCACCGACAAGUGCCGUGCCUUGAAACUCCUGAGCCCCGAGGAGCGGAUUUCUGUGACCGAUUACAAGCGGCUUCUGGAUUCCGGAGCGCCCCACAUCUUGCUGGACGUCCGGCCUCAAGUGGAGGUCGACAUCUGUCGUCUGCCGCACGCCCUCCACAUCCCUUUGAACCAGUUGGAACGCAGGGAUGCCAACAGCCUGAAGCUUUUAGGGGAUGCCCUCCGGGAUGGGAAGCGGGAUUCGCAGGAAGGAGCUGCUGUCUCCGUGUAUGUGAUUUGCAAACUGGGGAACGACUCCCAAAAAGCCGUGAGGGUCCUGCAGUCCUUAAAGGCAGUGCCAGAGCUGGACUCUGUAACCGUUCAGGAUAUUGUAGGGGGACUCAUGGCCUGGGCCACCAAAAUUGAUGGGGCAUUUCCACAGUACUGAGGGGACAGCAUGGGAUAUGCGUGGAUGGUUGUGGUAACCUCGAGGAUCCAUUUAUUAGCACCUUUCCAGUAAUGUGGGGAAGAGCCUGGGUCCACAGUCUCAGAACAAAUGGACUCUCUUUUGCAAGGAGCUUUUUGAGAAAACAGGAUAAAAUUGUUUCUGAGAGCCGCUUUUGUUUUGGGCACUUGUACAGUACUUUCAACAUACGACGUGGAGUGUGACAGACAGUAUUUAUGUUUCCCAUCUGUUCUAAUCAAAAUACUCUCUGGACCAUCAAUUUUAUUCGUGGAGUUCAGAUGCAGUUUUACUGCACCUUAGUCUAAGUGGAUUAUUUACAGAUGGUACACUUGCAUUCAGCCCAUUUUAAAUGGAGGUAUUUGAGAGGUCAGAGAAGUGGCUUAGCACUGGCUGCCCUCCCUACCCGCCGUCGGUGGUGGUGGUGGUGGUGUUUCCUAGUUUGACUCCCAGCGCUCCUGUGUUGGCUCACAACUGUCUGUAACUCCAGUUCCACGAGGUCAGAUGUCUCCUCGACUAUUCCAGCACCAGACGGGGUCUUGGUGCACAGACAUACAUGCAGGCAAAACACUCAUACAGUUUUAAAAAUCUUUAAAAAAAAAGUUUGAAAAAGACUACUUGAGUCUUAUUUCUACUUAAAAUGAUAGGAUAUACCCAUUAGAACGACUUAACUGCAGAGUGGAAAUGGGUCAUUCUAGAACUAUUACGAGUGUCAGUGCAGUCUUGACAGCACAAUAAAGGAAACUGAUUUGUGGGCCAUCAGCUUCCCACAGAA